AUGAAUUUAAUGGAUAGUUUAAUAUCAUUUUUCUACACAACAUUAUUAUAUUUACGUGCUGUUUUUAGUUUAAUGACACCUGGUACACUGAUAUGGAAAUUAUUUCAAAAUCGUAAAGGAAAAAUAAAUUUAAUGAGUAGAGAUUUAAUAUGUGAUAGUGAAACAUUAAUUAAUCUUCCUAAAUGUGGAAAACCAUUAGAUGGUUUUACAAAUGCAUUAUGUCCAUUUAUUCCAACAUUUCUUAUGAAUAAUGAUAAAUAUUGGAAACAACGACGUAAUAUUUUUUCUUAUGCUGAUGCAAUAAUUAAUGAAAGAAUAUUUGAAAAAUCUUUUCAUUUUAAAUUAGAAACUAAAAAAGGAAAUAUUCUUUGGGAUAUAUUUGAAAUAAUAUCAAAAAUUUCAUUUGAAUUAAUGUUUAAUCGAAUUCCAACAGAAAAUGAAUUUAAUGAUAUUUAUCCUGGUUUACUUGAUAUUAAUAAAAUAAUAAAAAGAUUUACAUCAACACCAGAUUUACAAAUACGUCAAAAAUUUUAUGAUCAAACAUUAAUGUUAAUUAAACAAAAUGAUAAAGAUUUUGUAUUUAAUAAUUUUACAGAUUUUUAUAAUAUGGAUGAAAUUCAUCAAGUAUCAUCAGUAGCUGAAGAUUUUUUAACAACAAUAUCAGUUCAAUGUACUGAUCUUAUUUGUCAUAUGCUUCUUUUAUAUUCACAAUAUCCAAAUGAUUUUCAUAAUGAUAUUGAAAAUUCAAUAAAUGAAACACUUCGUUUAUAUCCAUUAACUGAUUUAUGGACAAGACCAUCAUAUGGAAAACAUAGAGGAUGGAUUGCAUCAUUAGUACAAUUAAAUAGAAAUGGAUGGAUACAACCAGAUAUGUUUAUUCCUCAACGAUGGCAUACAAAAGAUCAUCCACCACUUAUGUCAUGGGGUUUUGAUAUAAGACGAUGUCCAGCUCAAAGAAUUGCAACAAAUAUUUCUAAAUUAGUUUUUGAACAUAUAAUUAAUGAAGAAAAUUUUUGGAUAAAACCUGCAAAAAAUUUUCAACAUGAAAGAACAUUUCCAUAUGGUUGUCAAGCUUGGAUUGGAUAUGGACAAAUACCAGAUGAUGCUAAUUCAUGGAAAUUUAAUGGAAAAUUUCAAAUGCAAUGUCGAAGAUGGUUAUGUGAAAAAUUUAGAAUGAUCGAUCAAAAUGAAUUAAAUUAA